AACGUGACGCUGUGGCCUCUGUCCCCACGGCGCAGUCCCGGCGUCCCGCGUGCCCCCCAGGGCCCUGGGGACCCUCGGGACCCUCAGGACCCUCAUGGACAUAGCCAGGCGGCCACCCGCCCCUGCCCGGAGGACGAGUAACUGCGAGUCCGACCGAGGCGGCGGAGCCAUCGCCAUCCCACAGGAGUGCCGGGCGAGCCACAGUGUGACUUAGAAUAUUCUAGAAGCCACACUAGAAAAGAACUGCAAGUCUCUGCCUCGGGUGGCACAGAAGAUGUUGCCAAUUUGCUGGAGAAUCAUUUCCCUACUGGAGACGCAAGUCUAGAGGAGAAGGAAAGGGCCCUUAAUGCAGAUGCAGUCCCUCCAGAGAAGACCCCGCUUCUUCAUUACCCAGACGGCAGUGAGGCUGAAAGAGGCAGAGGAUGUAAGUGAAGAAGCCCCCAAGAGGGACCGCUCCCACAUUGAGAAAACCCUGAUGCUGAACGAGGACAAGCCAACAGACGAUUACUCUGUGGUGCUGCAGCGGCUUCGAAAGAUCUACCACUCGUCCAUCAAGCCCCUUGAGCAGUCUUACAAGUACAACGAGCUGCGGCAGCACGAGAUCACAGAUGGGGAAAUCACUUCUAAGCCAAUGGUGCUGUUCCUGGGACCAUGGAGUGUUGGUAAAUCAACUAUGAUAAACUACCUCCUUGGGUUGGAAGACACUCACUACCAGCUCUAUACAGGUGCUGAGCCCACCACCUCUGAGUUCACUGUCCUCAUGCAUGGGCCCAAGCUGAAAACCAUAGAAGGAAUCGUCAUGGCUGCUGACAGUAGCCGGUCCUUCUCACCCCUUGAGAAGUUUGGCCAGAAUUUCCUGGAGAAGCUGAUUGGCAUAGAGGUUCCCCACAAACUUCUGGAGCGGGUCACUUUUGUGGAUACACCGGGCAUAAUUGAGAACCGCAAGCAGCAAGAGAGAGGUUACCCCUUCAAUGAUGUGUGCCAGUGGUUCAUUGACAGAGCAGACCUCAUCUUUGUCGUCUUUGACCCAACCAAGCUGGAUGUGGGUUUGGAGCUGGAGAUGCUCUUCCGUCAACUGAAGGGUCGUGAAUCCCAGAUAAGGAUCAUCCUGAACAAGGCUGACAACCUGGCCACACAAAUGCUCAUGAGGGUUUAUGGUGCCCUCUUCUGGAGCUUGGCUCCUCUCAUCAAUGUCACAGAACCUCCAAGGGUUUAUGUCAGCUCCUUUUGGCCAGAAGAAUACAAGCCGGAUACCCAUCAAGAGCUGUUUCUCAAAGAAGAGAUCUCCCUCCUGGAAGACCUCAAUCAGGUGAUUGAAAACAGGAUGGAGAAUAAGAUUGCCUUUAUCCGCCAGCAUGCCAUCCGGGUCCGCAUUCAUGCCCUCUUGGUUGACCGUUAUCUGCAGACUUACAAAGACAAAAUGACUUUCUUCAGUGAUGGAGAACUGGUCUUUAAGGACAUUGUGGAAGAUCCUGAUAAAUUCUACAUCUUUAAGACCAUCCUGGCAAAGACCAAUGUCAGCAAAUUUGACCUUCCCAACCGUGAGGCCUAUAAGGACUUCUUUGGCAUCAACCCCAUCUCUAGUUUCAAACUACUCUCCCAGCUGUGCUCUUACAUGGGAGGUUGUUUUCUGGAGAAGAUUGAGCGGGCCAUCACCCAUGAACUUCCUGGCCUCCUGGGUAGCCUUGGGCUAGGGAAGAAUCCAGGUGCUCUCAACUGUGACAAAACAGGGUGUGGCGAAACCCCAAAGAAUCGCUAUAGGAAACCCUAGAUUGUUCUGUGGCCAUUCUCGAGUUCCUAUUGGUGAAUGAGCUUGUGUCCUGUCUUGAGAAGUCCUGGUUUAUUAACCCUCUGAGCCACACUGGCAAGAAUUAUAUGUUGUAGAUUUGGGAGCUAUUUGAGGCCAGUAGUGGGGGAAGGUGUGUGGGUCUAGGGUGGAGAGUGGAAACUGUGAAUUACAGUGUGCUUGUCUUAUGUUAAUUAGGAGGCCUGACUGAGGCAUGUCAGCCCACAGCUGCUUUUGCUGGACCCUAUCUUGGAGGGACAGAGCGGCUAAAUUCUAGUAUAUUCUGAAUUAAUGAGGGUCAAAUAAGCUAAAAGCAGCUAAAAUUUCUUUUUCCACUGUAAGCUGGAAAAAUAGUGAAGUCCUGAGUUAUAGAGGGCUCUUCAGGUCCAUUUUGAUUUCUUUCACAUACAGUUUGUUCCCCAGCCCUCUGCUGUCUCCUAAGCUUGGGGUGACUUACAACGGUGGGCAGUCUCUUGGAUCUGAAUCUACUUGUGUUUUGAGCCUACCUCCAAGACUUUUCCAUGUUUCCUCAAUGGGUGGGGAGUGAUUUAGGAUACCAGAACACAAAGAGAGAGCAAGGGUUCCCAGGUUAGGAUCUGCCUCCUUCAGUGCAGUUUCUUUGAGGCAGUCAUGAAGCCAGUCAGGAAGCUUGGUCCCCUUAUUGGCCCCAAGAGGAGUCGGAGUGUUCCAUGUAUUCAGGUAAUUUACUUCUUGAAAGGGACUUAAGUGAAAGUAUUGGAAGGGCUCAGAGGGUUAAUUGGUUUGCAGUGUGUCUUUGUCUAUUGCAUGUCUUGGAAAACUCAGAUCCCAAGGCACUGGGUUUCAGAGAAGACAGUGGAGAUCUUGCUUCUUUUCGUUGGGAACUUCCCUGGGCAUCCAGCUUCUCCUAAAUUUAGGAGAGUGUUUCCACCACUUCUCUGUGGCAACACUUGGCAGAAGAGUUGUUCCUUUCCAGUUUUCAUUACCAUGACUUUUCCUUUCCUUUUCUUCUCCAUUCCCUGAUGCAAAAUCUGCAGUAAUUUCCUGUGAGUCGGGGUAAGCAAGGCUUAACAUUGUUUCCCACCUGAACUUGAUGCUGAUAUCCACUUAAUGCACCAUAGGAAAGCCAGGGCCUGCAAAUACCAAUGAGUGUGAAUAUGUGUGUCAUUGUCCAGAGAGAUUAAGGAGAUGAUAUUAGAGGGCAUAGACAAAGAAUUUCUCCUUGUGAGAAUCCUGCCUGGCUGGUAUGCACUGCCACUUCAGUGGGUGAGAUGGAGAGGAGGGAGAGCCUGGAGGGGAGCAGCCUUUUGAAGAAAUGUGGAUGGGGGUGAAUGGUCUGUAUAGGUUAAGGAGGCCUGGCCUAGGGCUGCCUACAGGGGCUCCCUUUCAGCAUAGUGCGCCAGCUCCUCUUGGGAGCAAGUUGUCCCAGGGGACUCACCCACGAAGCGUGUGACAGGACCCACCAGCUCUGAGAAGUCCUUGGGGACCAGAGGGAAAGUGAAAGUGAAGGCAGAGAGAGAGGCCAUCCGAGUAGGCAGUGCACGCAAGCUGGCAAUCAGAUUAGGCCCCAUGGAGAACUGCAAUUUAGGAAUCCCUUUUUCUCACAAUCAUUAGCACUCUGGUGCAUGCUGCAACACAAGCUGCUGCUUUUGGCUUUGCUGAGGGCUUGGAACCUCCCACAGAAAACCAGAGGUCCCAAAGCCUUCAGGACGUUGUUUCUGAGGAGAGUCAACAAAAAGAAAAGAGAAUGCUGGAAGGGGUAGCCAGGGAGGUUGGUGACCAGGGGCUGAUAGCUAGACUCUGUCCGGGACUUUUCAUCUCAUUUAAGAAAAUAAACCCUGCCUCCGUUCUCCCUCAUGUACCCUCUUAGAGGCUGCCCUCCCCCCAUUCUCCUUAGUGCUCACGAGCUACUAUCAGCAUAUCUGUUUUUCUCAGUGCAGUAAGGGAAAUUUAAAAAAAUGGACAAAUUGUAUAGGUAUUGUUAUAGCUGUUGAUGUCACCACUGCUUUUUUGGGGGAAGUGGGCAGAGUGAGACUAGUAAAUUCUAUCAAUAUUUAUAUUUUCGGGGGGGCUACAUUAUCGGUGUGCUCUUUUCUUUUUUCUCUUGUGGACUUUUCUCCAUCUGUUUUCCUUUUCUUAUUCCUUCUUCCUUUGAAUUCUGUUCCUCUUCUCAGUGCUUGACUUUUUUUUCUCUAACUGCCCCCAGGCCUAUCAAAUGGCAUAUGUAUUAAGUGCCUGUUUCGGGCCAGCUCUGUGGAGGUGGAUUUCAAGCAGAAUUCUGACUCUUUGGGGUGUUGGGAUCUGGGGAAAAUAUAGGACCUAAAGAUCCCACAAGAGGAGUAUCUGUAAAUAUUUGUGUCUGAACAAUUGCUUUUCUCUCCAAAGCUGAACCUUUCCAGUAUUCUUUCAGUUCUGAUUUCUUCAGGGAGAAAGUCUCAAUAAAGUUCCAUUCUCUCUUUAAAA